AUGACAGGAUUUGGCUCAUCAUGUGGAGCAUGCAAGUUCCUAAGGAGAAAGUGUGCUAGUGAUUGUGUUUUUGCUCCUUACUUCUCUUAUGAACAAGCUUCAACCCAUUUUUCAGCUGUGCAUAAGGUUUAUGGUGCUAGUAAUGUCUCUAAACUAUUGUCACAUCUUCCUAUUCAGAAUAGAAGUGAUGCUGCCAUUACUAUAUCUUAUGAAGCCUUGGCUCGCAUGCAAGAUCCUAUUUAUGGUUGUGUUGCUCAUAUCUAUGCAUUGCAACAUCAGGUUGCAAGUUUACAAGAGGAGAUAGAUAUUCUUGGAAGUCUAAUGGAAACUUCUAAUGUUAGUAUUAUGGAUUGUGGAAAUGUCCAAGCACCAAUGAACUCAAACAAUGGAACACAAUAUUACCCUAAUCAAUUGGCUAAUUAUCUUUCACAAGAAGAAGGUUCCACAACAUGUCAAAGUUUUGAAUCAUACAUGAAUAUGGAUAUGCAAAUUCCUAGUGCACAUGGAAUGGAUGAGCCUUUAUAUGGUGAUUCCAAUUCCAAUCCAUUAGAGAAGUUUCUAUCAGGAAUUGAUCAAGAGGGUUUCCUGAACCAUCCUUGGUUCAAGCAUAAUGCAGACAUGUAG